AAAACGCAAAGAAAGAUGAAGAGGAGAACAUGAGAAAAGGUAAGGGGUGUAAACCUCUGAAAUUACCUCAAGUCAAUGUUUCUCAAAAUUUUGAAUUCGCUAAAAGAAUGCAUGUUGGCAACUUAGAACAUCAGCCUCUGCCUGAUACUUUGGGAUAUCGAAAUUUGACAAAAAUUGCGGAGCACAGAGAUUCGGAUAUUGUAGUGAAACCGUAUGCUAUUGGCUGGAAAGGUUACGGCGCGUCCGGUCCUACCUGUUGCACAAAACUACGUAUACAUAGGCCAAAGACUUGUGAAGCUCAGAAAGCCGACGGUGAUAAGGGAGACGAUAGACGUCCAUCCACUUCCGGUCCAAAUUUGGGAGGACAAUACCAAAAACCUUUGUCGCUUAUGGACUUGGCCAUUUGCUGGGAUUUCAAGCCAGACGAUCCAAAAAAAGAACACAAACCGCCAAAACAUAUUGACGGUUCAAACGGCUCCAAGGCACCGGCCGUUUUUACUAUGGUGCAUACUCCAAAAGAAGCAAUUGAAGAUAUAGAACACGUUCACGCUCACUCUCAACCUAUUUUCACACAAAAUAGAGUAACUGAGGAUCAAGGUCGCCACCCUGUACCAUAUUUUGAAAAAGACAUGAGUAAGGAAAAGAGGAAAGACUCUUGUGAAGUACAGUAUUGUCCACAACAUAAUAACUGUAGUCAAAAGGGCUCUAAGGCGACAAGUAGUAGAAAUUCCGCUCAGUCUGCCACGAUGCCAAAAUGUGACGGUAUACAUGGAUGCGGUACUCCAAGUGAAACCAGUCGUAAGUCUAGUCGCGAUGAUUCGAGGCCAAAAAAAUUACAACCUAUCAAAGAGGCUUGGAAUGCGCAUGAUAAUACGAAUUACGAUAUGAAGCGCAAUCGUAAUAGUUUAGAAUCGUAUGAAAGAACUCCGUUGGCUCAGGGUAAGUUGCACCAAAGUUCUCCCAACGAAUCCCAGACUUUUCACAAAUCGAACAAAAACAGUGAUUCAGUGGAUAACAAUGUAAAGCACAAGACCUGUUUAUCUUGCAAUGGCACCAAAAUACCACAAGUACCAAAACAAAAGGAAGAUUAUAAAUUCGCUUUCAAAGCUGGCAAUCCAAAUUCAGUGAAUAGUUCUAAUAAUAGUUCUACGGAUUCCAAAGGUAUUAAAAUUCCGAAGAUGCGUCAUCCUUAUACUAAGAAAAAUUAUACUAUUCCAACUUUGGCGCCUCCUUUUAGUAUUUGGCGCGACGCAAACGCGACGGGGUACCCUGAACAUUGGAGACUGGCUAGUGUGUACCAGCAUGCAUAUAAACCUCCAGAGCAACGACGCAAGCCUCUUAUUGCUAGUGUAUUUCAGUGAUAAGUUAUUAAAACAUACGCAGUUUUUGUUACACAUUUAUUGGGUCCAAUAAAGUAAUUGCAUGACAAAUGUAGUAUAAUAAUUGAUACUAGAUAGGUAUUUAACAUUAGAC